UGCAAUAAAAAAACACCGCAAAUGCUAUUGUGAUUUUAAUUUAGUUUUUAGUGUUAUUUAUGUUAUUGUUGAAUUGUGCUCUUUAAGAGUGCAGGAACCAUUUAUUAUAUCUAGUCUUAUUUAUACACAUAGUUAAGCAAUUGACAUUCUAUAAAUGACUUGUGUGCCAUUAUUUGAUUGACGACCCUUUGUUUUUAAAUACAAGAAGUGUCGCAACGUUGAAGGAAAAUUUUCGAUUUCAACAUUUAAGAAUUGAAUAAAUAAUUACAUACUUUAACAGUGGCACAGUUAACAUCGUUUCCAGCAUAAUAUUUGGUCAAAUCCCGCCAUUUUUACAUUGCCACUUUAGUUUGCACAUAUUAGUGUACAAGAUGUUAAAGACGAUUAAAGUAUCUCGUUUUAAUUAUAUUAUUUCAAUAGAAAUGGCCAACAAAUAAGAAUACUAUAAGAUUCCAAUUGGAAAAAAAAUGUCGACCGUACAAGAUGCUGUUUGGUCGAAAACUCCCGGCGAAACACUCAAUCCUAAGGAAAAAUGUCGUAAUAUUACUGAAGAGAUAUAUAAAAGGAUAAAUAUAACUUUUCAAAUCAAAAAACUUCAAACUGGAUCACAAAGUGAUAUAUCAGAUUGUAGCGAUCAAAGAUCUAUAAACAGCAAUGAACUCAGUAAUGAAACCGAUCUGUUUGCCUGCGAUAAGAGCUCCCUAUCCAGUAGUACUGACCAGGAAAGAGCCAUCAGCAAGUGUGAGAAAUACAUCAAUAAUAAUAACAACGAAGAAACAAAACUCAAUAAGCCAACUCCAGUUUACAAGAGACCUAGGAAACGAUUCAGGAAGCGUGUAAAGAAGCACCAGUCAAAUAAGACGAUAACUGACAGUGACUGUUCCAGUGAUGAAGCGAUACCACUCAGCCGAGUUGACUUUGACACAAGGAAUAGUCAAAGUGAAUCACCUGACAGUAUAAUGGGUGUGCCUAAUAUUGUUAUUGUGGCUAAAGAUUCAAAACAGAAACCCAAAUCAACACAAAAGUAUCAACAGAACGAAAAUAAACCAAGUAAAUCGGUGCCACAAGUUAAGAAUGUUCCUAUAAAACCCAGUGAGAAACCAAUACCAGACCGUCAGCUAUGGAAUCAAUGUUCGCUUUGCAGUUUAUCAUUUCGCGGAGAAAGAGGAUUGAGACGUCAUAUGACAAUGUCUCAUAUUGAAUCUGAGGAAAUAAAGAAGCAAGAAAAAGACACGAAAUCAACUUAAGGUAACACUUGAUAUUGUAAAAUAGUUCUUAUUGCAAAGCAAUAAAGUCUAAAAUGAUGGUUUUACAACUUUAACAUUUGUCUAAAACAUUUUUACAAUUUCUUAAAGUGUUUGAGUAAAUUUAGCUAUAAAAUAUGGUUUAUUUCAGUUUAAAAAUUGUUGAUUCACUUAUUAAAUUUGAUUAUCUUUGUUUUUAAAUUUGUGACGUUUAAAUGGCGCCAUAAAAACAAGAUGGCGCAGGCGUCACUUGAGAAUUGGCGCCGAAAUAAAGAUUUAUGAUUUAAACCAUUUUGAGGUUACAUAAGUUGUAGUGUUACAUAAGUCUUAAUUUUGUUUUUAAUUCUAAUUGGAAUGAUGUAAUUGUCUAUGGUCCAUCAAUGUCCUCCAUAGACAGAAGUUUAAGGGAGAGUAAAAAGAUGUUAGUAAGUUAUAUAUACAAUUUGUUUAUAUUAUUUAAUUGAGAUAUGUAUGUCAUUUAUUAUAUACAAUUAUAGUUAAUAUCUUUAUGGAUUUGAAUAAUGGGAAGGGAUAGAUAGGAUAUUGGGAUGGUUUUGGAAAAGGUUGCCGCUACAAAAAAAUGUUUAAUUAGAAAAUGUUACUAAAUUACUUUAAUCUUCUCACAUAAUAAAAUAAUAACUUAAUUAACCAAUUUAAAAACUUAAUUAAUUUAUGGACUUUUGAUUAAAGAUUUGAAAUUAAGAAAUAAUAAUUGGCAUCUAUGAAAUUAGUAGCGGCAACGAAGUGUCAGGGUUUAAAAAUCUGUGAUCAGUUGGCAUAAUGUGAUCGUAGAAUAGAUUGGAAGAUCUAACCAUAGAUUGACUUUGUUCUUCAUUUUAUGGAAUUUUAUAAUCUGUUAGUCUUUGACAUUCCUUUUAAAAGAUUCCUUUGAUUAUUUACAUGGAAAUUUUUGUUAUCAAAAAUAUUUAGAAUUUUCCUUUUUUUAAUGCUAUCAAAAUCGUUUUAAAAUCUCUUGAAACUAUAGUACCUAAUAAAAUUCUGUGAAGUCUAGAAUCAAAGUUUUAAUCUAUGGUGCGAUGGGAAAAAAGGGGGGAAUAAUAAUCGGCCGUUUUUCAGUACAAAAUUUUAUUACAAAUGGUAAUUUUAAAAACUUAGGAUAAAUGUGAUUUUUAAAAUAAUUUCUUCGUAGAUUUGUGGAAGUUUUCAUUGUCGUAAGGAUUUGUCUAUGCAAAGAAUGUUGCAAUAUUAAAUAUUUUGUUUGCAAUAUGUUUUAACGCUGCUGCGUUUCAAACUUGGUGCUAAUGUUUGUUUUUAAAAAUUGUUUGUAUAUAUUUGAAAAUUAUAUCUUGCCAAAAUUCGUCUUUCAAAGCUUAAAGCCUCGCUUGUCACCAAUACAGGGUGAUUCUUAAUGGAAGUUAAGUUGUGUAAGUAACCUUAAUAACUAUACUUUAAGCUUAAAGUUGCCCAAUUUUCUAUAGUUAAAAAAAUAUAUAUUUCAAGAUUUUUUUUAUUAUUUUUUAUUUGGUUCUCAUGUGAUGUAUUCGAAAAAGGCAUAACGGAACGUAAGUAGAAUUAUUAGGCUUCUUUAAAAGAAUAAAAAUGUCCACUGUAAGUACAUUAUUUUGGACAAAUUAAAUCACUUAAAAACUACAAAAAAUCAGACAUAUUUUGCGCUCAAAUGGUAGCUAGAGGUCCCCUACUUCCGUAAAGCUUGCGAAGCGUCCGUUAAGAAUCACCCUGUAUAUGUUAUAUAGUGUUUGUCUGUUUGUAGAAUAACUACUUAUCCAUUUAAAUGAAAAAAAUAGUUUAAAAGUUCAAACUUUUUAAAUAAGUAGUGUAGAUAGUAAAAUUUAAAACAAAUAUUGUUGUCUAAAAUUAAUGCGAAAUUGAAUUUCAAAAAUUAUUUUUAACAACUAUAGCCUGACCAAUGACAUAAAUUACUUUUCCAUACUUAUAUUAGAGAAUUAAUCUCUUUGUCAAUGUAAAAAGCAGAUAAAAAUUACUCCAGGAGAGGAUUUCUUGGUCAGGCUAUACAAUUUUUAUUGGAGUUUUUAUUCAUUCGCAUAUCAAAUAAUAAAAAAAAAUCCGAUAUCUAGAUAUUAAGGGCCUAAUAUGUUUGUUUGUACAGUGCUCAAAAAAGUUCUCGUAAAAAAUAUAUUUGUUGCUUGUUCAGGGAAAGGUUUUAGGUUAGUUUUAUAAAUAGAUGCCACACGGGCGUUGCGAUUUCCAAAUAUGAUUCUUUCCAAAUAAAAAAAAAAGUGAUUGCAUUUUCGUGGGCGUAGCUAGCAGACAGUAUAGGGUGGGAAGCAUGCUGUUUAUUAAGGGGGAGAUAGCAAUGUUUUUAAAAUAUGCUAAAGAAAAUGGUUUUUUUUUAAUGAAAACGUGACUUUGUUUUUGAGUAAUCUGUGAGUCCCCAGGGAUUGUAGAAACCGUAUUAUUUUGUAUAUUAUAGAUUGUAGGAGGGCUGCCCCCUCUUCCAUCGCCCACGUCUGGCCUUUUCCCUAUCAAGGGUAGCACAAAACAGGAUAACUUGCUCAUAUUUACGAUUAGGAGCACUUUUUUAGAAUGAUAAUAAUACCGUUAUGAAUUUGUCAUAACGUUAUACUUUACCGUGAAUUUGUGUAUUAGGUUAGUGAAACGUUACGUUAACGCAACGACGCCGCACCGCCCGUAUGGCAUAUAUCUUAUUUCACUUAUAAUUAAGGACAGUCAAGUAGUAAAGUUUGUUGAAAUGUUUGAUCUCUUUACGUGUCAUCGGUAUUGGUGCAAUGUGUUGCCAUAUGUACAGAAAUUUUAUUGAUAUUUAAGUUGAUUUUUGCUUACGGUUUUUAUUGCUAGAUAUGCUUAUAUUGAAAUAGUUUAACUAAAGGAGUUCCUUAGAUUUUUAAUUAAAAGGUGACAAAUAAGUGGCUAAAUAAAUUUGCCAAAAUAGUGAAGCGACGAGAAAUAUUCAAUUAAAAAAAAUGCUGUAGUAAUUGUUUAUUUUAAUAGUUUUUCCCGAUGGUUCGUUCGGAAUAUUUUUCCUAUUGUGGAAUGAGGUAACACUCGUUUUUAGGUAUUUAUGAAAACUGUCAAAUCGCUUCUAUUGAAAAAAUAUCUCUAUGGUCUUUAGAAACGUCAGAUUGUUUUAUAUGACAGUUGUUUUGGCGCGAAAUGUUUUGUUUUUAUGGAGAUGGCAUGUUAAAAAUAUUGCCAUCGUUAGACACUAGUCGAAAUGUGGCGGAGGAAAUAUUUUGUUGUUUUGUUAUGGAAUUGAUGUUUCUCUUUUAAGUUAUAAUAAAGAGGUUUAUUGGACUUUUUGCUUUUUUAAAAGUUUUUUUUUAUUUGAUUACGUCUUGGAAAUGACUUUUUUUUUUAAUUUUGCAGAUUAAUGUUUCGUCCAAUAAACUUCUUUCAAACUAUAGAUUUCAUAUAUUUCUAGUCUAUACUUUGUUUCUAUAAGUUUGUUUAUAAUUAUCGAAUGUGGUGGUUGAAAUAAAACAUCUUGUCGAA